AUGAGUAAUUCGAAUCAAUGCAAGAGAUAUGCAUAAGAGGAUUGUCGAGAAUAAGAAAAGUGUGGCUUUUAUUUUGGUUAAUGUAUUGAUUUUGUAGAUUGUAUGGUAUUCGAUAAAGAAAAUUGUUAAGAAUCUUCAUAUAAAUGUGUGUCUGAUGGCUCAAAGUGUGUGCAAAUAUAAGAAUGUAGUGAUUACAAAACAGAGAAUGGAUGUGCCAAUAAAAAUAAGUAUAAUAAAUACUGCUUUUGGAUUGGAGGGAUGGAAAAAAAAUGCUUAGAUGCUACAACUUGCGAAGGCUUACCAAACUACUUAACUAAUCAUUAAAUGUGUAAAUCAGGCCUAGAUGGGUGUACAAUAAGUGAGGAUGGUUAUGGAUGUAUAAAAUAAAUGGAGUUGUGUUCAUAAUAUCUUAAUGAUUACUAAUGCUUUGAAAGCAAUAAAAAUAAUUGCUUUUGGGAUUCUAAGAAUGAAAAAUGUGUAGAAAAAGUGUACCAAAAUCUACUAUUCACUCAGGACUAUUAAUGUAGAGAAAUUUUAAAAGAUUGUACAACUAACGGAGUGCAUUGUGUGAAAAGGAAAUAAUGCAUAGAUGCUUAGAAUGCAUAUGGUUGUGUAACAGAUGCUGAAGGUAAAAAAUGUGAAUAUCAUUAAAAUUAAUGUAAAAUCAAGAGUUGUAGCACAGCUCCAGAUUCACUUAAGAAUUAUUAAUAAUGCUAGGAUUAUGACAAUCUAUUAGAUUGUGUUACUUCAGAAAACAAAGGGUGUAAAAUAAGACCUGAAACAUGUUAUGGUUAUGCUUAAGAAAUAGAUUGUUAUUCUAUAGAAUAAUAAGAUUGUGUGUGGUAUAAUAAUAAAUGCGAAUAAAGAUAAUGUUAUCAUGCUCCUUUUUUUUUUAUGAAUGCAGAUUGUCAUUAAUAUGGCAAUUGUAUUGGGAAAUUAAAUGGAGGAUGUCAAAUGAUACCAAAAUAAUGUGAAGAAAUAUUGGAGAAAUAAUUUUGUGAAAUAAAUUAUAAUAAAGAAAAGUGCAUCUGGCUUGGAGGUAAGUAUGAAUUGUUGCAAUGUAAAAAAUUGAAAUUGCCAACAUAUAAAAGUCAUCAAAUAUGCUAAAAGGCAAGCUAAUAUUUCACUUUUAAUUUAAAUACAUUAGGUUGUACAGAUUUUUUAUGUGAAAAUAUUUUAGAAAUAGAGUAUUGUAUAAUUGAUUCAAAUGGUACUUUUUGCACUUUGAAUUAAGGAUGUGUAGAAAAGAAUUGCAAUACUGCUCCUCCAUAUUAUGAUUCAAAUUCGAAAUGUGAAGAGUGGAUGCCAAAUUGCACAGUUAAUAAUUAAAAAAUUUUGAUUGGUUGCAUAAAUAAGAAGAAUAGUUGUGAGCCUGCUAAUUAAGAUCAAUGUUAUUCAACAAUUUCAGGACUUUAGUGUAAAUGGGAUGGAUAUAGUUAAAAAUUUUAUAUUUAACAAAUGAAGAUUGUUAAUAAUUUAAAGUGUUUAGUGGUCCUUGCAUAAUUGGAUUUUCAGGAGCUGGGAUGUUAAAAUUGGCCAACAGAUUGCACUCAAAUGAUAACUCAAAAUCAAUGUUAAUUGAACUUAUAAGAUGGAACAAAAUGUUUUUGGACUGGUACUAGAUGUAAGUUAUAGCAAUGUUCAGAUGCCCCUAAAGUGAAUCACACCAAUAAUAUUGAAUGUAACACAUGGUUAAAUAUUUGUAUUUUUGAUCAUUAUUAUGGUGGAUGCAAAGAUCGACCUAAUAAUCUUGCUUGUUCAUCUUCUCCAAAUAACAUUAUGUAUAAUAAUCAUCAGGAAUGUAUUGCUUGGAAUCCUAAAUGCACAGUGAUUUCCUCUCUUUUUGCUGAAGGAUGUGAACUCAAGAAAUCUAAUUGUCAUGAAUUCAUCAGAGAAAGAAAUUGUAAGACAAAUAUAAAUGGAUAAUUUUGUUAUUGGGAUGAUAAAUUAUAAAAGUGUAUGAAUGAGGGCGAAGAUAAUAAUGGACUUACUGAUUGUGAUAAAAGACUUUAUGGAGAUCUAUCUCAUCAGGAUUGUGAAGGCUUCCUCCCUAAAUGUACGGUAAGUAAUAUUGGGAAAUCCUGUUCAGAUCUCUCAUCCUACUGCGAUUAUAAAUAUCAAUAAUAGUGCAUAAUUAAUAGAUAUUAUUUCCCUUGUAAAUGGGAUGAUCAAAACUAAAUCUGUAAAUAUGUAGUUUGUACUGACAAUACUACUGCUUAAACUGAGGUUGAAUGUUUAAGAUUCAAAAUUUGGAGCAUUUGUCAAUUAAAAAUUAACUCUAAUGGAACAUAUGGUCCUGGUUGCGAGGAUAGACCCACCUAUUGUUUGUUUGUUACAAAUCCUAUCAUUUGUAAAUUAACUCUGACAUAUUUAUAAAAGAGAUGUUAUUAUUUUAAUUCUAGUUGUGACGAAGUACUAUCAAAUUAAUGCGAAGUUAUAACUGAUAGUCAAAGUAAUGAACUUU